AUGUGCUUCUACUCGAUGCAUUCGUCGUACGUGUCGUCUCUGGCGUACUCGAGCCCCUCGAUCGUGAUAGAGGCCGGCAGGACGCAGUCUGGGCAGAGGAUCCUAUAUGAUGACUAUCGCGAGGCGUACUACUGGCUGCGGCACAACACCGACCCCGACGCGAAGAUCAUGUCAUGGUGGGACUACGGCUACCAGGGCUGCGCCCUUGCUUCUUCAGAGGAGAAGGCCUACCCUAUCAUGGAGUCCCUGGACGUGGACUACGUGCUGGUGAUCUUCGGGGGAGUGACGGGCUACUCUAGCGACGACAUCAACAAGUUCUUGUGGCCCGUGCGGAUCGGAAGCGGCGUUUUCCCCGACGACAUGCACCAUGAGAAGGACUUCCUCAAUCCCACCGGGCAGUUCGACGUGGGCCCUGCCGGAUCGAAGGUCUUCCAGAACUGCCUGGCCUACAAGCUGUGCUACUACCGCUUUGGCGAGCUCCGGGCUCUGCCAGACUGUGCUGCAGACUUUGCGUCUCGUCCCCAAGUCGGGAAGGAGGCUCUUCCAAGCGGUUUAGGUGCUACCCAGGCCUAGCAUGGACCCCACCGAAGCCGCGG